UUCAAAAAGAGCAAGCUGUGUUUUUUUUUUCAAAUUAGCCUUUCAGAAACUUGGGGACAUGCACACUUACUGUGAAGGGGUAUCUGCCAGAGGCUGAAGUAUCUUCGCUUGCGGUGUUGGGCUGCCUCUCGCUAGAACGUGUACGAUUGUUCUGAAGCCUUUGGACCUCAGCAGAGCCACUGAGCAAGCUGCAGCAACUGAAAAGUAGCAUUGUGUUGCCCGUGUGUUUGUUUUCCAAGGUACAGGUCGGCUUUCAUGCCAGGCUGCACAUUAACUUCAACAGGCACACAGCUUCCACUGAGCUCAGUCUCUUUCCUCCAGGGCUGGACUUUUCCUUCCUCAGAGGUACAAGGGGGAUCCAGUGGCCUAAUUCAGUAGAAGGAUGGAGUCUUCCAGUAAAACCCACCAUCACCCAAUGAUUGCAACAGGUUUGUCAGUGGGUGGGGAGUUGGCUUUGGAUCCACUGGUGAUGUGCAAGCUCUGCCUUUGUGAAUACUCUCUUGAUGGAAUGACCACUCUGGAGCAAUGCAACUGCUUUUUCUGCACUGUGUGCUUAACACGAUAUGUAGAACUGAUGAUCAGAGAAGGUUGUGGAUCUCCUAUCACAUGCCCAGAGCUUGGAUGCCCUAAAAAUGGGGUCUUGCUGGAUGCAGAGAUUGCAUUUUUGGUUCCAGCUGGUGUGCUUCAGCUGUACCAGCAAUUGAAAUUUGAACGAGAAGUCCAUCUGGACCCCUCCAGGACGUGGUGCCCCAGAGUUCAAUGUCAGACUGUGUGCCAGAUUGAUGUGGCUGAUUCUCAUCAGGCUGUACAAGUACAAUGCCCCUCCUGCCACAUACAGUUUUGCUCCGUUUGCAAGGCCAGCUGGCAUCCAGGGCAAGCAUGUCAGGAGAAUCAGCCCUUUAUGUCCUCGAAAGCAGAUGAUGCUGGUGUUUCCACCAGCCAGGACACCAAUACAGCCAUCAAACAGUGUCCAGUAUGUCAUAUCUUCAUAGAACGAAAUGAAGGUUGCGCCCAAAUGAUGUGUAAAAACUGCAAGCACACCUUUUGCUGGUACUGUCUUCAUAAUCUGGAUAAUGACAUCUUCCUGAGACAUUAUGACAAAGGUCCAUGUCGCAAUAAACUUGGCCACUCCAGGGCCUCAGUUAUUUGGAACAGAACCCAGGUUGUUGGGAUCCUCUUUGGAUUGGGUCUUAUUGUACUAGUCACAUCUCCACUUCUCCUCCUGGCCUCCCCCUGCAUUAUCUGCUGUGCCUGUAAGUCCUUUAGGAGUAAGAGGAAACACCAUGGCCCGCCAUCUACUUAAACUGAGGAAAACCCCGAUCCAAUGUCCUUCUGGUGCCAAGACUACUUCACUCACGUCAUUCUUUCAGAUGAAGUGCCUAUUGGAUCAGUGCUGUGGAAGCACACACAAUAUAGAUUAUGGAUGAGAGGGGAGUUGGGGGAAGCUUAGAUUUUGGAUGUAUCAUUGUAGUAACUGCAGGAAACAUGUCACACCAAAGUGAAAUUGGUGGAUACUUUGACAUUGCCUAACUGUCAUUAUAAUGCACACUGCUGCAGUCUACAUUUCUUAAUAAUCUGAGGAUAACUGUAUGCUUUCAGCUAAUUUUUCUACCCUCACCCCUUCACCACCCCUCCCUUUUCCUGCUAUCCCCCACAGACCUAUUGUGCUUCAGCAAGGUCUGUUAUUACCAUGAUCUGUUUUGGCCAUCUUGGGACAGGGUAAGAUUCUCAAUUCCAACUUCCUCCACCCCCUGGACAAUACAAUGUUUGGACUCCAUAAAAAUGCUACAUCUAGUAACAUUUAGAGAUAAAGUAGGAUUCACAUGAAAGGGGCAAUUUGAGGCUGGAACUCCAAAGCCACCUGUUCCCUUUGGAUGAGAAACUGCAUUGCUUUACCACCAGAUCUACACUCUGAUGUUUGGACUAUGGUUAUUGUUUCCUUAGUGCAUUGCUAGACUUUUCUUUUCCUGUAAAACACUAACUUAUUUGUCAUUACAAGCUAUGUGUGUUAUGCGCUUGUUAUGCGCAAAAGCACCAGUCGGGCAACUAAAUGAUAAACCUUAGGCAGCCUAUUUGCCUUCACCAAGGCUGCAGGCAUCUAAUAAAAGGAUAACUGCUCAUGACGUCCUCCUUCCUUAAAGCAUAGGGGUCUAUAACAAAUGGAAGGAGGGGUAUAACAGUUAAUAUAGACAUGAUAAAGGAAAAAAACAUGCCUGUAAUGAAUUCUUAAAUAGUACAUGCACACAUUUACAUAUACCAUUGGCACUAAAUUGGGCCAAACAAGUACUAUAUACAGAUCUUGCUAUGUAUUGGGAAUAGCAGUUUCAGAGAAAGCAGAUAAUUUUUGGAGCUGAAAUAAUAACCAGAAAAUUCCUUUCAAAGGGCUGAAUUUUCCUGAUCAGGUGACAAGGUUGGGAGCAAAGUUGCAAAAUAGUGCAUCAGGUUUGCUACCCGAUGCGUUCUUGUCUCCGACAGAUCUCUCUGGAGGCGAGUUAAUGUAGCAGAGGUUAUGGGCCCGGCAGCUAUGGGUAGCCAAUUAGGCCAAUUAGUGGCACAGUUGGAGGAAGGCUGAUGGUGUCGCUGUAAUCUUCUCAAUGGCAGAUGGACCCCCUAGCUGAGGCCAGCGCCCGGCAGGCUAUUAGAGAUGGCCUCCUGAUGGCAGACUGGGGGUCCAUGGAAUUGUCUAUUCGAUCAUCUCAGCAAGGAUCCGUUGGGGUGCGAUGGACACAACCGUGGCCGCAAACCAUCCUAUAGAGGUGCCCCCACCCACAAUGGUGGCAUAAUAGCUGUGGCCAUGCAUGAUUUAUAAUUAUUUGAAAUAGUCCACAGAGCAGCUCCAUAUUGAAGUGCCCUCAUGGUGUCCAGAUUGCCUCAGCAGCACCUGUCUCUCCCAGUGGAUAUCGCUGUGGGCCCAUGGUUUGCCCAGCAUUCUUAAUUGGAUGGGGUUCCUAGAGGCAGCAUCUUGAUUGCCUCCAGGAAAGUCACAACCGACAUCUUACAAUCAGCUACUUCCAGGUUCCUGACCCAGAUUUGAGGCUGAUAUUGGCCUGGUUUUUGUUAUUAUUUGUUCAUGGGAUGUAGGCAUCGCUGGCUAGGCCAGCAUUCAUUGCCCAUCCUUAACUGCCCUUGUACAGAGGGCAUUUAAGA